AUGGCUCGGUGGAGCAUUGUUUUAAUGAUACUUUUGGGAAUUGCUGGUAGUGUCUCGAGUACAACAAAAAAAUUGUUUGAGUGUCGCGCUAAUCUCAAUGCGGCAUUAAAGAAUGAGAGUGUAUUCUUGACCAAGAUUCAUCAAGCGGAUUAUAUCUUUACCGGAAAGAUCAAGGAGUUGAGAGCGAAUGAGCUCCACGUGAGGGUGAAACGUGCCAUCAAAGGCAAUCUUAAUAGCACGAUGAUUCUUGUACUCAAUGACACUUGUGAAUCUUAUCUGAGAAGAAGUUUUACUGGAAUUUUUAUGGCUCGUCGCAUUCAUAGUUCUGAAAAUUCUCACAAUUCUGGAAAAAUUUUUAUGAAUUUUGGCCCUAUAUCACUCACUUUGAUGAAUUUGGAUAAAAUAAAUGCAGCUAUUCGAGAAAUAUUUCUGUUGCAGUAA